AUGUUAUUGGAAUUAGGAACAGAAUCAUUCGACAGUAAGCGGAAAAGAGGAAGGAAUGGCAAUGAAGAGGACAACCACCAUUCUCCCCAGUCCAAAAAGAGUAAGAGAAACCCUGUCUUUCAGGAUUCUCAGGAUGCAGAGUCUUCAAGCAGUGAUAAUGAGAGGAGCAGCAGCAUUAAUAGCCCAGAGAGAGUAAUUGGACCAGAAAGCAGCUUAAACCAGAUCAUUGCUGAACCCAACACGAGUACCCCUCAGUCCUUAUAUGAGGAGUAUGCACUAAACCAAGGUGCUUACUCCCACAUCAACCGGAUCUUGAAAGAGGCACACUUCAACAGCCUACAGCAGUGAGGACAGUUGAUCGACAGUUGUUUACUUGGGGUUUUGUUGCACUGUUGCUAUUUCAAAGGGGGCUUCGAAGCAAUUUUUAUAGAACUCUUUUCAGGUCAGUUUUUGUCCUUUGGUCUUAAAAUGAAAUUCAAAACUUAACAGGUGGGAAGGAACUCAGCCCUUCAAAUCUAG